AUGUUUCGUAUUGUACAUACUGUCAAAGCAUUUCUUGAGAAGAACAAAGUAGUAAAAUAUAAUGAAGAAGACAUGAAAAGAAGAGCACCAAAAUACGAUGGUUUCGUGAAACCAAUGCAUAUAAAGAUUAGAGAUUUUCCUGAAGAAGACUUCGAUUUAAAUGAGGAGCUGUGA